AAAGACUCAACACGGCUCGACCGAGUUGCCAAGGGGCUGCUUAAAGCAACCAGAAGCAGCUCUCGUUCCAUUCCGAGCUCAUUUGGCUAUGCAGGGCUGCCCCAACCACUAGGCGGUUCUCGCCCAGAGAAAGCACCAAUGCUUUUUAAAUGCAUGAAGGAUGUAGUGGUUGCCAGCCAGCUGGUGUUUUUCUGGUCUGGACAGUAAAACCACGCCUUGCACAGGGCGCUGUACAGCACACCUCUUUCAACCUGGCUGUCUCAGGGGCAGAAAUGACACGGGAAGAUCCCGCUUUAAACGUAUAGUGCAGAUGGGGCCGUCAUCUUCCGUUAUUGCUGGUUCUGGGCAAAAGGAGGAGUCCUAUAGCUCAGUGACAAAAUGCUUCAAGGUCCCUUGUUCAACCCAGGUAGGAUUUGGAAAAACUGCUGUCUAGAACCUUGGAGAGCCACUUCUGUGAAUGUAAUGAUCCAUCUACGAUCAACUGAUGAUGAUCAGCCCGCGCCAGAGAAAACUGCACCUGGUCAGAGUUCCCCUGCUAGUUGUUAUCGUGUUAAUCUUGUUCCUCUUUGUUUUAAGAUGAACAUCGCUUCCUUCCCAUUACCUGUUGACCUCUCCCUCCUCCUUCUGUUUGCAACCCAGCGGCCUGCAGCCCGAUCUUCUGCGUGUUUACUCGGAAGUAACUCCCGCUGAGUUCCAGGAGGCUUACUCGCAGCAAGGAUGUGCGCGGGUAGGAUUACCUCCCCAGCCCCAUUUUCCAGACGUGGCUCGGGAAGGUUCCAGGAUACGCUUAUCUGCGAAGAUGGCCUCGCACGCUGAACAUGCCGGGAGUUACUUACGAGUAAGCACGAAGAGGAUCGGGAGGCGCGCUCACUCACUGGCGCUCUUCUUGCAAGCCCCAUUCAGCAUCUCCCGCGCCACCGCUCUCCUCGAAGUCCCGCCCACUCUCUUGGCAGCCCCGCCCCCGGGCUCUUCGCGAGUCGGACGUCUGCCAAGCGGUCCUCUAGGACACUUUUCGGUUGGAUGCAAAGGAUCCAAGUGGAGCGGCGGGCGAGAUCCAGGACUAGAGCGAAGAGAAGCUAGCAAGGGAUCCGCUACUUCCAAACUUACAGAGCAGAGAAGAUCUGAGAUCUUGCAAAAGAAAUCCCGAGGACAAGACUGGGCAGUUGUGAUGCAAUAGAGGUUUUUCUUCCUCCUUUCCUUAAGGGACCCAGGAGUCCUGUUUCCCCAACCUAGGGAGGUGAAAAAGCAUCUGGCAUGCCUUCUGGUGUUUACCUCUCCAUCUACCUGCUCACCAUCCUGACGGGUUUCCCCACCAACCUUCUGGCCCUGUAUGCCCUCAUCAAGAAGCUGAAGACCAAGGCCACGCCCAACUGUGUCCUCCUCCUCAACCUCACUGUUUCCGACCUCUGCUUCCUGGCUUUCCUGCCCUUCAAGGUGGCAGAGGCGGUUGCCGGGCAGUGGCCUCUCCCUGCUCCCCUGUGCCCCCUCAGCGGCCUCUUCUACUUCAGCACCAUCUACUCCAGCACCCUCUUCCUCACGGCGGUGAGUGUGGAACGCUACCUGGGCGUGGCCUACCCCAUCCACUACAAGCUGAGGCGCCAUUCGGCUUACGCGGCUGUGGCCAGCCUAGGCCUCUGGGCCUGCUCCUUUGCCCACUGCAGCAUUGUGUUCAUCACCGAGUUUCAGCCAGACAACAUUACAGAGCCAGAUAACGGCUCCCAUAAGAACUGCUACAAGAACUUCACAGAUGGCCAGCUUGCCAUCCUGCUCCCUGUCCGCCUGGAGCUUGGCAUCGUCCUUUUCCUGGUCCCGUCCUUGCUCACUUGCUUCUGCUACUUCGGCUUCAUGAGGAUCGUGAUCUCUUCGCCGCACAUCUGCAGGGGCAAAAAGCAGCGAGCCGUGGGGCUGGUGUCGGCCACGUUAGCCGUCUUCAUCAUCUGCUUCUCGCCUUACAACAUCUCCCACGUGGUGGGCUUCAUCCAGUGGGAAGAUCCACGGUGGAGGGAUGAGGCCCUGCUCUUCAGCACCUUCAAUGCCAGCUUGGAUCCGGUCAUCUUCUACUUUUCUUCCUCUGCAGUGCAACGUUCAUGCUGGGGCUUCCUGACCCGGGUAGAGCGGGCCUGUGCCUUGCCUUCAGUGAUCCGCAAGAUGUUCUAUAGAGGGAGUGAAAAACUGGGGAGAGCAAAUCCCCAGGAGCCAGUUUGCUGUUCCAGGUUAUGACCAUCUACAUCUGUGGAAAUGCCCAGAGACUGAGACUUUCUUUGUGGGCCAAGCAGAGAGUACAACAUUUGAUUUAAGUCUGACAGAAAUGGCUGCAGGUCCCUGAAACUGAAAUCUCAGUACCGUGCACCUCUGCAGUUUCCGCACCUCUGAGGCUAGCUGGACUGUGCCUAGAGAAGCUCCAUAAGUCCUUUUCCACACUGGGUUGAGGAAUCAUAGAACUGUAGAGUUGGACAUCUAAUCUAACCCCUUGCAAUGCAGGAAUCUUUUGCCCAACAUGGGGCUCAAACCCACAACCCUGAGAUUAAGGGUCUCAUGUUCUACCAAUUAAGCCUCUCCCCUCUUGCUUCUUGAAGCCUAGAAGUAGUGAUGGGUGAGAGCCACUUCCCUCCAGUUUUAUUUCGAAUAUGUUUUGAAGAAAAUAAGUUUAUUUGGUGAGUGCAUGUGGGAUGCAAGCUCAUUCCGACUCUAGGCACCACUGUCAUGAGCUCCACAAGGCAUGGGGCUCUCCCUUCUCCAUCCAUUGAGCCCCCAUGCUACCCAUGAGCUUCCCCAUGUCUUUCUUCUUGUCUGUUCCCCCAAAUGUUAGCCAGUGGUGAAUGUGGCUUACAUGCCUCCACUAGGUCCUAGGCCAGGCAUAGGCAAACUUGGCCCUCCAGAUGUUUUGGGACUACAACUCCCUUCAUCCCUGACCACUGGUCCUGUUAGCUAGGGAUGAUGGGAGUUGUAGUCCCAAAACAUCUGGAGGCCCGAGUUCGCCUAUGCCUGCCCUAGGCACCGCUCUGAUAGUUAUGGAGGAGACAAAUAAACCAGGAGCCAUGGGAAAUGUCGUUCCCAUGGCUCCUGAUAUCCUGGAUGCUGCUACAUGUGUUCCUAGCCGCAUUGUGGAGAUGGCUCGCAGCAGGGCGAGGCGCUUGGUGGUGCCUGGCGGAGACUCGUACUCUCCAACUGUUUCCAGAAAAGGGAUGAUGGGACACUGAGCUUCUUCCAUUUUCCUUGCUCUGCUGGACAAGAGGCAUACAUGUGCUUUUCAGCACUCAGACUCAUUGCUGGGAAAGGGUUUUCUGAAGAAACAAGGACUCUGUUCGCUGCCACAAAUAACGCCAAGUGUUAAAACUUGUUCCAUGUUUGUGUGUGGUAUCAUGUUCCAUGUUUGUGUGUGGUACUGUUGGAAGGGUGGGGGGCCAGAUCCCAUCGAAAGUGACUUCACAAAAGAAGAAGGGUGCACAUCUCCCCAAGGGAGGUGGGGGAACCUGAGUGCAAAGUUAACAUGCUGUACUUUGCAUGUUAACCCAGCAGUGCCAAAAGAGGAAAUAUGACUCUACAGUUCUUGACUUGGCACUUUCUUUUUUCCUUUCUUUUUUUGUCAUGUUUGAAGCUGCUCCCAAGAUGUGUGAGAAAUCUAAGAGGCUCUCUGGGUAGCCAUGAUGGUCCCAAUGUUAACGCCUCCCAGAGGACAUGUGAGGAAGCCCUUCCUUUUUACAGAAUGCAAGUAAUUUGAAGCGGCAAUGUGCAGUGAACCCGUGUAACACAAGCAGGAGUUGCUAAGGAGUGUGGGAAUGUUCAGGGUGGCAGGAGAGGAUAUAUUGUUUAUUAAUAUCCUUCCUAACUUAUGCUAGCAAGUCCCUCUACUUAGCAGAGUUUACAUUCCCCUUCUAACGCGCAGCAGAUAGCUGGUUGCAGGCUCGUGUAAGACUCACACUAUCAUACAAUUCAGUAUUGAAUUGUAUGUUCCUGGUAAGUUCCCUUUUAUCCCUCUUAAAAGAAUAAAGAAACUGCAAUCUUAUUUAAAGUCAAUAAAAGAAGUUUACUCACAUUCAGUUCACAGUUGGAUCCCUGAAGGCAGACUUAGUUACAAAUAUGUACAUGUGGAUCUACCCCAUGGUUGUUGUUUUUUUUUGGGGGGGGGUAACUCCAGACACUGUAGACUGGCAGUCACUGCAGUUCACAUGACGAAAGGAAGAUGGAAAAGUGAGAGUGUGGCAGCAUGCCAUGUCCUUUUGUUACCUGGACAGGUAAGGUCACACCCACAUCUAGUCACAUGCAAAGGAAGGAUGCUCCAGCCAGGAGGAAAUAGGAAGUUUUAGACUGGCUGGACCAAACAUCCCCCUGCAUGUCUUCUCUAGGAAAACAAAGAAUGUUGUAUUUGGCUGCUCCAAUCCCACAAGGAUUUAUGGUUGAUGUUAACCAUCAUUAAUAAACCAUAACUAAAGCAGACAUGGAUUAUCAUUAAAAAAAAACCCACGACCAGCAAGCAUUGAGAGCUUUUUGAAAUUUUUGCUGCUUCUCACUCAUGGCUCUGUUGUUUUGGGGGCAGUGAUAGCUCCUCAACCAUUGUUCAGUGAAAAGCCCAGGUUUACAUGUAAAAUGAACUUUAUGAACCAAAUACAACCCUUGGUUAAUAGUUACUCAACCAUUGCUAAGUGAGAACCAGGGGUAAAACAUGGAUAAAGAACAGAGCUGCCUCACCAUUAGGCAGAAUGAGGCAGUUGCCUCAGGUGGCAAAUGAUGCAGGUCCACCAACCAUUGUCCCAUAAGGGAACCUGUAUUUUCGGUGUUUGUGCUUAAGAGGGUUACUUUUUAUUGUAAUAAUGUGGGUCUCCUUUAUAAAAUAAAUAAAUAAUGACCCCCAAAACAUCCCAGCUCAAAGCCAAAUGUGUUUCCCCCCCCCCCAAAGCCUCCUUAAAAGCCAGAACUGAUGGGGUUAACUAUAUCCUUCAGGAAGGAGUUCCACAGACACCACCAAGAAAGCCCUGCUUCAGCUCAUCAAUCUGAAUCUGAUCUUGCGGCAGAUAUAUCUCUGCUUCCCCUGAAGUUCAAAGUACCUAAUUAUAGUGGUACCUUGGUUCUCAAACUUAAUCUGUUCCGGAAGUCCGUUCCAAAACCAAAGCGUUCCAAAACCAAGGUGCACUUUCGCAUUGAAAAUAAUGCAAAAUGGAUUAAUCCGUUCCAGACCUUUAAAAACAACCCCUAAAACAGCAAUUUAACAUGAAUUUUACUAUCUAAUGAGACCAUUGAUCCAUAAAAUGAAAGCAAUAAACAAUGUACUGCAGUCACACAAUCAAUCAAUCAAUCAGUAGCUGAACUGGGUUCCACACAGUCACAAAAACAAAACAAGAAGGGCCGCAAAAACAAAAACGCAAAAUAAAUAGCAAAAACAGACAGACCUCAGCGUAACACUCAAAACGGAAGUGUGGCACU